AUGGCAACCGAGGCUUUACAAGAUGUCCGUCCCAUGUUCGAGCUCCGCGGACGCAACUACAUCGUCACUGGCGGUGCCCAGGGUAUUGGUUUCGCAUGUACCCGCGCCAUUUGCGAGAUGGGAGGAAACGUGGCGGUGUUUGAUAUCCAAAAGCAGCCCGUGGCCGAGUUCAACGCCCUGAGCGAGAAGUUCAACGCCAAGACUUUGUAUAUCCCUACCGACGUCACUUCUGAGGAUAGUAUCAAUGCUGCGUUUGACAAGGUCUUGGCGGAAUUCGGGUCCAUCGAUGGCGUGGUUCCAGCUGCUGGCAUUGCUAUCGAUAAACCUUUCUUGGAUCAAACUUGGGAUGAGUUUACUCGUAUUCAAGAUAUCAACGUUAGAGGAACAUUCUUUGUCGCCCAGCUCGCAGCGCGGCAAAUGAUCAAGCAAGGCACAGGCGGUAGCAUGGUGCUACUAGCCUCCCAAUCAGCCCACAUAGGUUUACCAGGUUACCGCAUGGCAGCAUACAACGCCUCCAAGGGCGGUAUCCUAAUGCUUUCCAAAGCCUUAGCGGUGGAAUUGGCACCCAAGAACAUCCGAGUGAACACAAUAUCACCUGGCUUCGUUGACUCCGAUAUGACGAGAAAUGUGCGUGAGCACAAGAGCAAGCGGGAGGGAGAGCAGAUGUGGAUGGCGCCGCCUAACCAGCGACUCAGCACACAGAAUGAUCUCACGGGAGCGGUUAUCUAUUUGAUGAGUGAUGCGGCUAAGCAUACUACUGCUGCGGAUAUCCCCAUCACUGGAGGUCUUCACGCGGGCACGAUUGAUGGAUUGAUUAGCUAUGAGUCUUAG